GCUGUGUUACAAAKCAAAAAAGGAGGAUUUUAAAGGCACAUUUUAAGGGACUUAAGGGCUUUAUUUUCACAAAGAACUUUUCUUGGUUGAUUGACAGAUUCUUUGUAAUUUUUUUGAUGCAGAUAUUAGGCUGAAAAGCAGAGGAAAGGUUCUCGGACGGCAGGUAAUGACACGAGGAGGAGAUAAUGACAAGGAAGUAAACCCAGUGGCCGUGGGAUUGGCUGUCACGUGAGAAGAAAGUUUCUGCCAGUCGUGUUGUAAAGAGUGCAGAAGCAAAUCAGCCGUGAAGGUUGACGGAGGAAGCAGACGGGACAAGCUGCUGGAGUCAGAACCUCAGGGCCAGCCUCACUGGAGACAUUUUACUAUUAAAACUUUUGGGAUUUAAAUUUCCUCAAGUUUUUUUUUCUUUGGAUUGUUUUUUUUUUUUUCUAUCGGCGUCAAUAAUGUCAGAAGAGAAAGAAUUAUCCUAUAAGGAGUCCAUCGAGAAGGCCUCCUCCUCCAUCACUCGUUUCCCUCUCAUCCCCAUCAGAGGAAUUCCUCUCAUGUCCCCCAUCGCCAACAGCUGGGACUCCAUUUGGGCUUUCCGUCCGGACCCGUCAGACCUGCUCAUCGCCACCUACCCCAAAGCAGGGACGACAUGGACCCAGGAAAUAAUCGACCUGCUUCUUCAUAAUGGAGACGCAGAGGCCUGCCAACGAGCCCCCACUCCACAACGCAGCCCCUUUCUAGAAAUCGUUUCCCCACCGCCGAUCCCUUCAGGUCUUGAGCUUCUGGCUAAAAUGGACCCACCACGACUCAUCAAGACCCAUCUUCCCAUUCAGCUGGUGCCUCCUGGAUUUUGGGAAAACAAAUGCAAAGCGAUCUAUGUGGCGCGUAAUGCCAAAGACAACUUGGUGAGCUACUACUACUUCGACCAAAUGAAUAAGAGCCAGCCUGAACCCGGGACCUUCGACGAAUAUGUCAACAAGUUUAUGCGAGGAYAACUAUCCUGGGGCUCCUGGUAUGAUCAUGUGAAAGGUUACUGGGCGGAAAGGGAAAAGAAGAACAUCCUUUACCUCUUCUACGAGGACAUGAAAGAGAACCCUCGGCGUGAGGUGGAGCGUAUCAUGAGGUACCUGGACUUGUCGCUUUCUGACGAGGUCAUCAGCCGAAUUGUGGAGCUAACAUCUUUUGAGAGCAUGAAAGAAAACCCGAUGGCCAACUACUCCUGCAUCCCAACAACUGUUUUUGACCAUUCCAUCUCUCCCUUCAUGAGGAAAGGUGAAGUCGGUGAUUGGAAAAAUCAUUUUACACCUGAGAAAUCAAAGGUGUUUGAUGAAGAUUAUAAAAAACAAAUGAAGGACGCCAACAUACCAUUCAGGACCCUCAUCUAAAGGAUGUAUAUCUUUUUUUGAGUUUCCAAAUUUCCCUCCUUCAAUCGACCAGCUGUAACUUUUUCGGUCUUUUAUGUUGAACGAUGCAAUCACUGUAAAUUCUUGAAAAAUCACGUGUUAAAGGGUGAAUAAAAAUGCGCUUCACAACACAAGAAAAGUAGUUUUUAACCGUCACUUUAUUAUCGAGCUUAUCGCAGUAAACAAUAAAUAAGACCAGAAGUGUUGUGACUGAGUGGACAUGCCCAUUUUAUGAGACCUCCAUCAGAGUCGGCUGACUGUGUGGUGCUUAUAGAGAGCGCUGGCAGCUGGAGGCUAAUGUUUUUGUUUAUACUUCUUCUUUCUCUGCUCUUAAGAAGUCAUUUUGCAGCCCUACACCACAUUGUAGAGAGCCCAGCUAAAGCAGGGAGGCUGCACGAGAUACAGUACGAGCAACACAGAUAAARGUAAGGAGCUGGAAAGUCAAUCAUAAGAAAAUGGACAGAAGACACAAAACACAACAGCUGAGAAUAUCCAAUGUUAACAAAAACAAUU